AUGCCGUCGAAUCUGGGAAAAUCCACGGCUGCCGAGCUCGCCGCGAAAAUCCGCACUUCUACUCACCAGAGCAAGGUGCCAAAAGCACGCUUUGAGCUUCCCGACCCCGAAAUUCCCUGGUACAUGCGAGAGCUGAAGGAAGUGGCCCCUUGGUACCAGCGAGAGCGCCAGAGCGGUCCUAGCAACGCCCUGCAGCUGUUUUCGUCUAUCCCCGGGAAGCCGUCUUCCGUCUGCUGGCCAGUACCGUCUGCCGCGGGCUCCACCUUCAGCGAUGGCAAACCGCAGCGUGGCCGCCCCGGCCUCUCAUCGUCUCCGACGCCUGUCGCGUCGGCUGCGCGCGUUGUGACUCCUGUACCUGUCCCCAUCAUUCCCGCUGCAGCUUUCGCUACCACCAGCAAAGAAGCAAACAGAGAGAAGGACAAGAAAAAAAGAAAAAAGGAGCACAGAGCGCAGCGCGGCAGCGCACGCGGUUCAUUCCCGUCGCCUGUUGCCGCAGCAACUGCUGUACGCACCGUCACGGCUGUCCCCGUCCCUGUCAUUCCCACCACUGUUGCUGCGGCGACUACCGGAAAGGGAGCAGUUCAAAGAGAAAAGAACGAGAAGAAGAGAAAGAGAGGCGACGGUGAUGGCGGCAGAAACAACAAUAACGGCAACGACAAUGCCGACGACGCCCUCGUGCGGGUCAUCCUGCCAGCACAAUCAAUGGCAGUAGCAAACAGAAACGGAAAGGGCAAGGGCAAAGGCAAAGGCAAAGCCUCAGGACUCGUUCCCUCUUCUUCCAUCGGAUCUUCACAGCAGCAGCAGCAGAAAAACGUCGGCGCGGGAUAG